AUGGGUUCCAUCGAUUCUGUUAGAUUGGUUCCCGAUGGUCGACAGUCUCCGGCAGAAGAGUUCGAAGAUUUAAUCAAUCCAGUCUGUUCUUCAAAUCAGCCCUCACAGAUUUGGACAAAAAUGUUGACCGAAGAACAUGUUGAUUUGUCAUCGACACAAGAUACGGAAGUUCAUACAGACCAGUCUACUUUGGGACAGUUAACUCUAUUCUCCGACACUCAUGUAUCCCCCAAACGAGCCGUUAGUCCACUUCCGAUUUCUCCGUCCGGAUUGGUCCCAUCCGUACGACUGCACACAUCGUGGAAACCGACCGUAUUACCUCCAUCUUAUCGUUCCGUCUCUCAAUUGCUGAGUUCUAAUCCGAAUGCCUCUGAAUCGGUGAGUCGGCAAGCAGAUGAUGAUGGCUGUGAUUCUACAAUGGAAGAAGAGGAGGGUCACACGAUCAGCAAUCAAAAGUCUUUGAACGUAAGUUUUCCGCGCUCACCUUACAAAAAAAUGACAGAAACAUCGAUAGGCACACAUUAUUUUAAUCGGUUAAAAAUACUGAUGGGCUUAUUUGUUGAUUUAAACCCGAUUAAAGUUUGA